AUGCCCCGAGAGUUAUCCAGGAGUCCCAGGAAUAGUAAAAGCUAAAUUCCCAUUUUACAAAGUGGUGUAGGGAGACGUCGUUCUAGGUCCAGGUCGCGUGACAAGUAUAGAGACUCGGUCUAUCGUGAGCGAGACAACGAUGAGUCUUUUAAAGAAAGACGACACAAGGACCGGGAUCUACGACAUGACGAUGAUAGAUAUCGCCGCGAUUACGAUACACAGCGGCGUCGAGAUGAAUAUUCGCGUCGGAGACACCGCGAAAAGUCUCACGAAGAGGACGAAUAUCCUGUGCGCAAUGCUCGUGAGGACAGCCGAACGCCAGAACCGACGGAUCAUACGUAAUUACCAAUUCUUUGAGACUAUUUUUUUAGUGAAGAAGGGAAUGAGGCCCAACAAAAGGAUGGUAAGUUGUUUAACUGCUGAUUGUAAUUGCGAAAAGAGGUCCCAAGGACAGAAGAGGAGAUUGAAAUGAUGAAAGUGAUGGGAUUCACACAGUUCGAUUCUACAAAAGGCAAGCAUGUACCGGGGAAUGAUAUCUACGUCACCUGUAUCCGAAAAAAGCGCAGAUACCGCCAAUACAUGAAUCGAAGGGGUGGUUUCAAUCGCAAACUCGAUCCUGUUGCCUAA